AUGCCGAUCCCUCCCUCGCAGCAUGCUCGUGGUGGCAGGCAAAAACCCAAGGUCGGAGCACGCCAGCGUCUAAUGUCCACGGCGGAGGAUCCCGGAAAGAAGAAGGCUGCAAAAGAAGACCCGUCGCCGCUCCAGCAACGGUGCGGCGGGUCGGGUCAAAAGCGCCUGAGGGCUGCGCCGCAUGUGACGAACCUGCCACCGGAUGCCACCGCUUACAGCGACAGCAAACGCGGCGGUCCGUCCAGCGUUUUGACGUUCCAGUACAUAGUGAUGCUUACAAGGACCGGAAUUCGACUUUCGACGCGGGCGCUGGCUCCUAUGGGCGCCUCUCGCCUGGCGGCACGGCUCGGCGUCCCCGCUGUGGCUCGAGUCGCACCAGCCACGCGCAGCCUCUCCAUCUCGGUCGUGCGCGCCAACGAAGACACCUUCCGCAGGGGAAAGGCGCCUUUCGAGGAGGCGCAUUCAAUUGAGUUCAUCAACUAUUUGCUGGAUCAGCCCGUCGAAACGACUCACGAAGCGCUCGUGGAAAGGCUCACGGACGACGAGAUUGCUUUGCUGCCAUUUGUGAUCACCAACAGGAGGUGGGGCCCAUUGCGAGACCCGUUCACGCUGCCUCGACGCCUAGAAGUCGAUCAGUCGGAGGAAGGCGAUCGUCCCCUGAAGAACGCCGAGUUCGUUUACCGCACCUUUAAAGUGAAUUCGAUGCUUCACUUGAAACGUCUCAACACCGAGAUCGCUGCACAAGUCGAGGUCGAGGGCAGGCACAGCGCUUUCAGCCCUGUCAUGCUGAUCGAUCCACAGUCGCGCACCCUCACCGUCGGUUUGCCUGCGUACGUUGGUAUUCAAGCGCCUUACCCCGCCAAGGACAACGUCGAGCAGGUCAAAGUCCAGCUCAGAGAAUACCGCGCCGAAUCAACGUCGCCAGAGAAGAAGAAGGGGAUUGCCAACGAGCUCCGUGCGCUCGUCGUGCCGCGAGGAUUCACCUUCCCCUACAUCCGCUUCGCCAGGUUCCUCAACUCGCUGUGGGAAUCCGUCAGGAGCCUCGAUCAGAAGCAACUCUUCAACAAAGAGACCCGUUUCGACAGCCGAGGUUAUAUCGUCGAUGCCUCUGCCACCGAUGCAGCUGCCAGGUCGCCCGUCACCCGCCGCUCUCGCAACCCGGACGCAGCGCCUCGCCAGAAGAGGAACAGAUCUCUUGCCGACAAGCUCAGAGCCGAUGAUCGAAAACUUCCCGAGGCAGGUACCUUUGUUGCCCAGGACGGAGAUGUGCACAAGCCCGAUGCCGACGAAGCACUGGAAGAGCAUGUGCCUUUUCCCAAACCCGCUCCCGAAGAGAUGGGCAUGAAGACACUUCCCACGGCAGGUGACAAGCUCAAAGCCGAUGACCCAAAACUUCCCGAGGCAGGUACCUUUGUCGCUCAGGACGGAGAUGUGCACAAGCCCGAUGCCAACGAGGCGCUCGAGGAGCACGUGCCUUUCCCCAAGCCCACUCCCGAGGAGAUGGGCGUGAAGAAGCCCACAGAGCCCUCAUCCUAG